AAGGACUGGAGAAGACUGGGUGACAAGGGUAGAAGAGGGUGGGUGUGGGAUGGGAAGGGGAGAGUGGAGGGGCCCUGGGCAGACCCUGGCAGAAAGGGUACGGGGGAGGGUGUGGGUUCCCCGCUAGCAGGGCCAGGUGAGCUAUGGUGCUGCCCCUACUGCUCUUCUUGCUGCUGGCCCCACAGGGUGGUCACAGCUGCCAAGGGCCGGAGCUGGCCCGGGAGCUUGUUCUGGCCAAGGUGAGGGCCCUGUUCCUGGAUGCCUUGGGGUCCCCCAUGGUGACCAGGGAAGGUGAGGACCCUGGAGUCAGGCGACUGCCCCGAAGACAUGCCCUGGGGGGCUUCACACGCAGGGGCUCUGAGCCCGAGGAGGAGGAGGAUGUCUCCCAGGCCAUCCUUUUCCCAGCCACAGGUGCCAGCUGUGAGGACAAGCCAACUGCCGGAGGGCUGGCCCAGGAGGCCGAGGAGGGCCUCUUUACAUAUAUGUUCCGGCCAUCCCAGCACACACGCAGCCGCCAAGUGACUUCAGCCCAGCUGUGGUUCUACACUGGGCUGGACAGGCAGGGCACAGCAGCCUCCAAUAGCUCUGAGCCCCUGCUAGGCCUGCUGGCACUGUCACCGGCAGGAUCCGUGGCUGUGCCCAUGUCUUUGGGCCAUGCCCCCCCUCGCUGGGCCGUGCUGCACCUGGCCACCUCCGCCCUGUCUCUGCUGACCCACCCCGUCCUGGUGCUGCUGCUGCGCUGUCCCCUCUGUACCUGCUCAGCCCAGCCUGAGGCCACGCCCUUCCUGGUGGCCCACACUCGGACCAGACCACCCAGUGGAGGGGAGAGAGCCCGACGUUCAACUCCCCCGAUGUCCUGGCCUUGGUCUCCUUCUGCUCUGCGCCUGCUGCAGAGGCCUCCGGAGGAACCAGCUGCCCACGCCAACUGCCACAGAGUAGCACUGAACAUCUCCUUCCAGGAGCUGGGCUGGGAACGGUGGAUCGUGUACCCUCCCAGUUUUAUCUUCCACUAUUGCCAUGGUGGUUGUGGGCUGCACAUCCCACCAAACCUGCCCCUUCCGGUCCCUGGGGCUCCCCCUACCCCAGCCCAGCCCCCUUCCUUGCUGCCAGGGGCCCAGCCCUGCUGUGCUGCUCUCCCAGGGACCAUGAGGCCCCUACAUGUCCGCACCACCUCGGAUGGAGGUUACUCUUUCAAGUAUGAGACAGUGCCCAACCUUCUCACGCAACACUGUGCUUGUAUCUAAGGGGUCUAAGGGGGGCGGGUCUUCCUUAAUCCCAUGGCUGGUGGCCAAGCCCCCACCAUCAUCAGCUGGGAGGAAAGGCAGAGUUGGAAAAUAGAUUGCUUCCACUCCUCCCUCCUUUCACUUCUCUGCCUAUGGGUUACCCUCCCCAUCCCACUUCUGUCUCAAUAAAGAACACGGUGCAUACAACUUG